AUGGACAUGUUCAUUUGGUAUACAUUUGAGCUUAUGGAACCUGUGCAUCAAUCAGGAGGUAGUGAGGGUUCUGGGUCGGGCAUAAGCAGACGACAAUCUUCUCCUAAUAAUUGGAGGGCCAAAAAACAGCGGAUCAAUUUCCUGUACGUAAUCUGGCACUCGACCAAAGUUAAGGUCCGACGUCCUGCCCACUAUCGUUCAACCUGGGUUGGUUCCUGCCAGUACCACCCUUCAAGGCCAACAGCCGUCAGGUGUUUUGUUGCCCUACCUUUCGCAGACAAUGUAGGUUUCGUGGAUGCCCGGUCUUUCUACAGGUCGGGACCGCAGGACGAGGCGCGUUCAUGCCUCAGGUUUCCGACUUUGUCCGAUCAAAGUUCUGUGCGUUAG